UCUAAUUUCUCGCCCAUGUCACUCACUAUAAACAGGUGUUACUUUUUUUUGUAUAUAUAAAUGGUUGAUGGACACCUUACACGACAAAACGUCAAAAAAAAGAAGAAGUUAUGUUUUACAGAGAGCAAUAAACUGUGUUGCGUUCACGGUGUUGGGCGUUUCCACUAUUGUUUUGUGCCUUUCGCCGAAAGGAAAAGAAUGUUUGGUCACUUUCAGGUGAAAAGCAAAAACAGUUCGACAACGCUAACGGUUAAAACGUGAUGAUGAACAAUACCGACAGACAUAACAAUGGAUCGACAGACCAUCAUUCAGACAAUGAAGACAACUCUACUCCUCAAACUAUUAUCAUCAUAAAUUGUGUUCUUAACGCUCCACUGAUGCUCAUAUCCAUUCUGGGCAACGCUUUGGUAUUGGCCGCCAUAAUAAGAACGCCUUCCAUUCGCUCAACGCCGCAUAUGAUUAUGCUCUGCAGUCUCGCUGUUUCAGAUUUUCUUGUUGGUCUUGUUGCUCAACCGAUUUAUAUUGCUAAAGAACUUACGAAAGACCAUUACGCACACUAUGUUUCAGUGAUGAUGGGGCAUUCUUUAUGUGGAGUUUCUUUCUUGACAAUCACAGCCAUGACUAUGGAUCGAUUUGUGGCUCUUCACUAUCACAUGAGAUAUGCUACUUUAGUGACUGAAUCCCGUGUUAAGUACACUUUAAUAAUUAUAUGGUUGAGUAACUUCCUUAUGUCAUGUUUUAACCUUUGGAACACACGGGUACAUAGCCUUAUUACCGGCCUUAUUGCUAUAAUUUGUCUUAUAAUUUCCACAUUUUUUUACGUCAAAAUUUAUCACAUUGUUCGCCGACAUCAGUUACAGAUUUUCGCUCAACUACAGGCAGUGCAAAGUUCUGACGCUGAAAAUUACUUAAACAUAGUAGGAUUGAAAAGAAGUGCAAUGAACUCUUUUGUCUUCUACAUAGCUUUGAUUAUUUGUUAUCUUCCAGCACAUGUUUUGUUGACAGUUCAAGGACUCUCACACAUGAACGACUGGCCAACAGAAUGGGAAUUUGCUAAUACCGCAGUAUUUAUGAAUUCGUCCAUCAAUCCACUUUUGUAUUGCUGGCGUCUUCGCGAGCUUCGAGCGGCAGUUGUAAAGACAGCAAGGCAGAUAUUAUGUAAAGAAAGAGAACAAAACUAGACAUGAUACUUUCUGUACGAAAAGAAUUAUUGACGUUUACAGCGA